AUGAAUUUUGCGAAGUUAUUCAGUUUUGCUCUUGCUUUUCUUUUGGCACUUUCUUGUGUUACCGGUGCUCCGAGUCCUAGAUGGAAUCCUUUCAAGAAAUUGGAGAAAGUUGGACAAAACAUUCGCGAUGGGAUCAUUAAAGCGGGGCCCGCUGUCGGUGUGGUCGGUCAAGCGGCGUCUAUAAUAAAGCCGGGAAAA